AAGAUUUGGGCUUUCGCUCGUCAGCUGAUCGGUAAUUGUGUGUCUCGAGAUCAUUGUUUGUGUGGAGAUUUAUAAAUGUUGAAAUGGGGUUAUAAUGCACGCAUGUUGCUCGACUGAAAGCCGCAGAGACAUUUCUCUUGCUGCUUGAAUUGAGUGAGAGACUCAAAAGUCUGAAACUUUUUUGCUUUGGGUAGGAACAAACGAAUGGUGAGGUCGUCUCUAUCGGAUAAGAGAUACACUUACAUACACCAAAGUGAAAGUGAGCCAACUAGAGGAGCCAUUGACAUCCACCAUGUGAUCAUCAAGGGAAGCAGAGUUACUGGUCAUUCCCGUCUUAGGUGGCUUGCUUUCUUCCUUGUGGGUUUGGCUUUUAUCAUGUUCUUUCUUCUUGGAAAGGACAAUCCAGUGAGGGAUCUUUCUUGGAGCUGCCUUUUAAGUGGUUUCUUUGUUAUGAUACAGAGUCGGAAGUUUGUCAAGAAAGAAUCUGUUAUAAUCAUGGCAACCUUGGGGAUCCAACUUGAAACUCAAUAUUUAAGUGGAAAAACUGUCACCAGGUUUAUCCCUAUUGGCAAGAUUUUGAAGCCUGUGCUGGUCGAAUGCGUCACCCCUGUUACAUGUUACUGGAGUCUCUCCUUGUUUCUGCGUGGCGAAGAAGAGCUUACAUUGGUGUUUAAGGAACUGCGUCCGUCAUUGAAGAUGUUGGUUCCCAUAAGGAAGGCACUGUGUGCUGUUACUGGCACAGACCAAAGCAAAAUGAUGACUGAAGAAGAACAUGUUGUAGCUGGUUAAGCAUUUAUUUACAUGUCAAAUAUUUACUGCCAAUGCAAUCAGAGAAACAUGGGAUGCGAUUUACAGUGUGACUAAGAGUAGCAAAUUGAAAAAAGUAGUUAUUUACUGAGUCUAUAGCAUCAAAGGUUUGCUA